AAGUAAGUUCAUGAAGCUCAUAUGUUGCAGUUUAUGAGGCUAAAUAUUAACAUGAAACUUGUGGAAUUGAGAAAUCAGGGUGUCUUUUCUGUAACAAUAGAAGUAGUUGCGGCCUAUCUACAAAUUGGUGAUAUUACAAGGGACCUAUCACACUUGACCCAAAAUUUACAUGUUAUUUACAACACACUUCAAUAAUUCUUAACAUCGCUUAUGUGCAAAGAUCUGCCUGAUUCAUGAGACACAGGUUGAUGCAGUUGCCUCCACUUUUUUUAGGCUUGUGCGUAUGUUAAUUUUCUAGGUUUUACUGAUUAUGUAAUUAUUUUUUAUUUUUGCACUUCUAUAUAAAAUUUGCAUGAAUGUUUUAACGUUUUUGACUUAUCCUCUAAUUUGCAGUUUUGACUUCUUCAAGGGACUCGUGAGGAGGAAGCUAGGUUGAAUAAGUUGCCAAGUUUUCUUCUUCUUAUUAUUUAUAUAUAUAUAUAUAUAUAUUGUAGGGAAGUGUGUAACUAUUUUAGUUGAUCAAGCGGUGAAUAAGACAUGCACAAUGCAUAGCGAAAGAUGGAAAUAAAUUAUAAAAUUAUAAAAAUCCCGCAAUGUAACUUUUUUUAAAUGAACGGGUCUAGUUCAUUAUCUUGCACUUGUCUGAUUGUCAUGUAUUUAUUCAUUAAAUUGAUUUACAUCAUUUUAAGGAGAAUAUCUGCAGCGGAUUAUUUAGUAAAAGUUUUAUUGUUCAUAAACCAGUUGAUUGAGCUCUGUGAUAUUUUUGGGUUUCCUUGCAUUUUUUGCUGGAGUUCAUGAUAUGUAUGCAUCAUCACUCUUCGUUUCUUAUUUAUGACAUAUUUUCAAGUAUAUGGAUAAUAUUCUUUAUCAAAAGUGGAAAAUAUAGAUGAUAAAAAACUUGCGGUGGAGGUUUCAAAAUCGUCUCAGGUGAGUUCAUAUUUUAAUUAAGUAGAAAUUACCAGACAUAGACACCUGGAUCUUAUGAAUAAUUUUGAAAAAUUAUUCAUGUCAAUAUAACUCCACCCCUUGUAUACUAUUUUAAUAAAUUCCCCCAAAUCUACAAGUUCUAUCAAAUAUUUCCCUUUUCUGUUAAAAUCUGUUAAUCUUAUUCAUUAGGCUCUCAUUUUAUACUCACAUCCAAUAUACAAAUUCUAAUGACUUAUUUAAAAUAUAUGAAAUUAGUGGGGGUUUUAAAAUAGUUUUAAGAUUUCCUUUGGAAAAAUUAAUAGCUCUAACUUGCACCUACACAUGUACCCACACAACUUCCCGCCAAAUUCGCAUUAAACAUAUCCCCAUCUUUUCCUCUCCUCCGUCGAACUCUCUAUAUCAAUUAUUCCCUUCCUCCCUCCGCCCCCCCAAGAAACCCUCAAACCCUAGAUUCCAUCCCGUUCGCCGUCGCCAUGGCGUACGUCCCUCUCGAGGUGACGCUGAUAUCGGCCAAGGACCUCGCCAACGUCAACGUCUUCUCGAAGAUGGAGGUCUACGCCGUGGCGACCAUCAGCAGCAGCGACACGACGUCCAAGAAGAAAACCCCGGUGGACCGGGAGGGCAGCAAGAACCCGACGUGGAACUGCGAGCUCGAGUUCAACGUGAUGGAGUACGAUGUCGAAAGGGCGGUGCUGCACGUCGUUCUGAAGUCGGAGCGGGCGUUGGGGGAUCGGGACAUCGGGGAGGUUAUUGUUCCGGUGUGUGAGCUGCUUGAGGGUGGUGAUUUUGAUAAGAAGGUGCCGGCGGCGCAGUUUGUGAGUUAUCAGGUUCGCAAGAACACUGGCAAAGCCAAAGGUGUCCUCAACAUCUCCUACAAAUUCGGAGAAUUCUCCGGCAGUUACACGCCUACCCACGUCUCUGACAAUCUCUCCGCCUGCCUCCUACACUGCGGCCAGUCCGCCUCCUGCCUACCCGCCACAUGCGGGUCCACCUACUCUCGCCCGCCGGGCCCACCUACUCCCAACCCCUCUCACGGGUACGGGUACACUCCACCACCCGGCUGCACGCCCCACACAUAUAUGGGUACUGCGUCCCCAGCAGGGCGGGUACGGGUAUACCCGGCAGUAUUAUGGAUACGGAUACGGAUAGCGGAGGUCGCUCCUGGGCAGCCACGAGAGCACGGGUCAAGCGCCUCGGGUGGGGCCGCCACCGGGCUAGGAUUGGGUCAUCUUAGUGGGGCCAUUGGUGGGAUUAUGUAAAAACCCGUAAUUUUGGAUAUAUUAUAAUAAAUAAUAAUAAAUGUGUAAUAUUGUGAUAAGUAUCAUUUAUUUAAUGGUUGAGUAUGUUAGAAAUCGAUAUGAGAUCGAUUCAGUGUAUUUUUGUGAGCCAACGAUGUAAACAUGCACAAAACCAUGCACCGACGCAAUGUAAGUCAAUCUGUGUUCUGGUUGGUCGACCGACCUAGGCCUAUCGGUCGACCGAUGCCUAGCGGUUAGUCGACCGACGGGCUUCCAGAGCUCCAACAGGUUUGUAUUCGGGUCGGUUUUGUUUGGCUUCGA